AUGUUUGCAUUAAAAUUGUGGGGUUUAUUGGUAACUCAAAUAGCUCUAGUGACGAAUCAAACAUUUCUCAUCGUAAAUUGUAAAAUGAUUGAAUUCUUUUUAAAAUUUUUACCGAUGACUACUGAUUGGUUGAAUGCAUGUGUUGCUACUGAACGUGCUAUUAAUAUUAAUAUUAGUGCCAUGCAUGACCCAUGGAAUCGUCGUCUGAUAUCUGAUGAAGAGGAACAACGUACAUGGUGUGUUAUUAGUUAUACUCAUCGACCGUGGUUAAAUAGUAUGAAUAUGGAUCUUAAUAUUUCACAUUUUAUCAUACCAUUCACAAUUAAUUUUUUAUCUGUAUUUAUUGUUAUUCUAAAAGCAGCACGUAAACGGAGUGUAUCAUAUAGACAUAAAUCUUAUCGUUGA